ACACUGCCGCGAUGCUUGAGAAAACGUGGGGUUGAAAAACCUUUGACCGAAGCUGUGCCAAUUCCACAAUCAAACCGCAAAUUUUGCAAAACACGGCGGUAACCUCGAUGUCUGCACUUGCUUACCAGACACAUUAGCCGAAUUUCGCGCGACAGAGUGUAAAUUUUCGUUCAAAUCGCGAGUUUAAUGUGCGAAAAAAAUCAUCUGGAGGGGGGUGGUGUUGGUGCGAGCGAGACGACAGCAGGCGAAGAGCGGAGCAAAACAAACUAACGCUAACCGGCAGGAAAGAACAAGAGAUAAAAGAGAAGGAGAUAAGCCGAAUACAAUUGAAAAAUUCAUUAAUAAACAUACAUAUACACACGGAAGAACACCCACCAACACAUUCGCCUCGUUUAAUCAAUUAACGGGACAUCGGCCGAAGAAACAGUUACAGUCCGUUUUCAGACGUCGCGUGCGAAGAUUGUGUCACCGAGCUGCGGGAUAAUAACAAUAUAAUUCCUGGUUAUAACAUUAAAUAGCCGCCAUGCCCGCCAUCGAUGAACUGCAGUCGCCCUCGAGCGAAAUGGUGCUACUGACGCCGAGUUCAGGAAAUCCUCCCUCUAUCUUGGCACAUCCUGAACUUAAUCCACCCGAGAAAUCGCAAGGUCGCGAGGGAUCCGCCGAAUCCGAUAGCAGUAGGGUUGCGAUCAAAAAACAGCUGGGCCUUCUCGAAGGCGUGGCCAUUAUCCUGGGCAUUAUCUUUGGUUCCGGAAUCUUCGUGUCCCCGAAAGGCGUUAUCCGGGAGGUGGAAUCCGUGGGCGCAUCGCUAAUCAUCUGGAUUCUGUGCGGCCUACUGUCCAUGAUAGGAGCUCUAUGCUACGCGGAACUGGGCACUGCCAUACCCAAAUCCGGCGGGGAUUACGCCUAUAUCUUCGAGGCAUACGGAUCACUGCCGGCAUUUCUAUAUCUCUGGGAUGCCAUGAUGAUAUUCGUACCCACAACCAACGCCAUUAUGGGCCUGACCUUUGCCUCCUAUGUGCUGGAACCCUUUUUCGGCGGAGCCUGUCACAUUCCCCAGAUAGCCUUGCAACUGUUGGCCGCCAUUACCAUCUGCUUCCUCACUUACCUGAACUCGUACUACAUGAAGGUUACCACCAAGAUGCAAAACAUCAUUAUGUUUACCAAAAUCGCUGCCCUAGUGAUGAUCAUCAUCGUAGGCCUGGUCUGGAUGCUGAUGGGCAAUGUGGAGAACUUCACCAGACCCUUUGAUAACACUGAGACUGAUCCCGGCAAGAUGUCGGUGGCCUUUUACUCCGGCAUCUUUUCGUAUGCCGGUUGGAACUACUUGAACUUUAUGACGGAGGAACUGCGGGAUCCCUAUCGCAAUUUGCCGCGCGCCAUUUACAUCUCACUGCCGCUGGUCACCGGCAUUUAUGUGCUGGCCAACGUGGCUUAUCUGGCCGUGUUGUCGCCCUCCGAGAUGAUCGCCUCCAAUGCCAUCGCUGUGACCUUUGGCGAUAAGAUUCUUGGCGCCUUCUCGUUCGUCAUACCAGUCAUGGUGGCUAUCUCCGCCUUUGGCGGCCUGUCCGUCCACAUCAUGACCUCCUCCCGGAUUUGCUUUGUGGGUGCCCGGAACGGACACAUGCCGGCGAUUUUGUCGCACAUCAGCGUGAAGAGCUACACGCCGCUGCCGUCACUCGUUUUUCUGUGCUUCCUCUCCAUUGUGAUGCUGGUGGUGAGCGACGUGUAUGUGCUGAUCACCUACGCCAGCAUUGUGGAAUCGUUCUUUAUAAUGUUGUCCGUGUCAGCGGUUCUAUAUUUCCGCUACACCCGUCCCUGCAUGGAGCGCCCAAUUAAAGUCGCUUUGUGGAUACCCGCCCUAUUUGUCAUAGUUUGCGCCUUUCUAGUCGUCGUGCCCAUCUAUGUGGCGCCCUACGAGGUCGGUAUGGGGGUAUUAAUCACCCUAAUUGGCAUACCCUUCUACUACGUGGGUGUCGUGUGGAAGAAUAAGCCGAAAUGGGUGCAGCACACGAUUGACUCGCUGACCUUCACUUGCCAGAAGCUCUUUAUGUCCGCCAAGGAAGAAAAACAGGACUAAACUGCCACCAGAGUGAGCCAAAAAAGGGAGAAAGCAGAACUUCCAAAUGUCAGUCUAUUAAAUCUCUAUAUCCAUGUGACCUCUUAAGCGGGAGAACUUUAACUCGUUGAACCUGAAUACCAAAAACAGAAAUUGUCUAUAAAAAGCGAAAAGUAAGACCUGUACAUCACAAGGACUGGAGCACGAAGUCAAUCUUAUUUCAUAUGUCUAUAUUUAUAAACCAUGACAAAAGCGUUUACCUAAAGUGCAAACUCAUCGAAUAGUAGUUUAGUUUUGACUAAGAGCUUAGCAUUCAUUUUGCACUGAUUUUGUAAAUUCUAUACCAAAGUAAGCCAAAAACUGUUUGCCAAAGUUGCGAUAUUUAGCUCGAUAUUUGCCAUAUUAAGCAGUUUCUUACCAUUUUCUGUUGCUUAUUGUUUAAAAUUCAGUUAUUACAUUGUUUUUGUCCCUCAUUUUACUACCUAAGUGCAUUGAAAUUUUGUAAUAAAGAUUUUUGUACGUUUCAA